AUGCAGGGCGCGAUUUUGUCUGUUCUCGUAUCCACCUGUAUUAUAUGUCUGGUUUUUGGUUGCCAGCUCCCCACAGAGUGGAGACCCCUAAGUGAGGGAUGUCGAUCAGAGCUGGCUGAGAUUAUCGUGUACGCCAAGGUGUUAGCUCUUUAUCCUGACCCGUACGCGUUUGCCUCGCUUUAUAACGGCUUACCGUACGGGUACAAGCGCACAGAUGAGACGGAUGUUUUGCUGUACACGGCUGAAGUGGAGCUGUUGUGUGAUCAGGCAUGGGGCAGCAUGCUGGAGGUACCUGCUGGCUCACGCCUUAACCUGACCGGUCUCGGUUACCUGUCCUGCCAGUCCCACACUGUGAUGGAAAACUACUCGUACAUCUUCUUUCUCAGGAUGGAUGAGAACUAUAACAUACUUCCCCAUGGUGUUAACUACCAGGACGCAAUCUUUCCUGACACCCAGGAGAACCGACGCAUGUUCUCCAGCCUGUUUCAGUUCUCUAACUGCUCCAGUGGACACUCAUUUCACAGCUUUACUCCUGAGUGGGAGCACCAGGAAGACCACAGGUUGCUGUGUUCAUCAGUGCAGCAGGUCCUGUUUGAGGAAGAGGAGCGGGUUGUGCAUCUGCAGGACCGUGUGACAGAGCUGGAGAAGAAGAACCAGCAGUUAAGAGAUAGAGUUGGGAAGCUUCGGCGCUCUCUGCGGAAAAUGCGCAAAACAAGCCAUCGUUUUGAGCAGGAGUUGAAGGAGCUUCAGCAGCACCUCGGUACCUCCAAGAGGAAUUCUGGAAAUCAUCUUAAUGCCAUUGCUCCUCCACACAAACCAUCACGCCACAGACACACACACAGACUGUAACUGCACACUCACCAUAAACUCAGACUCCUGUAGACUGCUGGACAGUCCUUUCACAUGUACACAAGCUUUCCAAAUCCUUCUCGACUGUCCAUGUCUUCUAUUUUCUUCUUGUAUUCCUUUUUUAAAGAGGACAAAAAACAUGAAAGAAAUCUUAUCUCCAUUUCACAUUAGUUUGUAAAUCAGUGGUUUUCAACUUCCAGUGGUCCACAUUGCUUUUUUACAGACAUUAAUGAAAGAGAUGAAAAGAUAGGGUCCAGCUGAUGAUUGUAAAUAGAUUAACUCACUACAAUAAACGUUGUUUUAUACUGUCA